AUGACAGCCCCAAGGGAUUACGUUGACGAUCCGCGGUUCAGUAGCACCUUCGAGCUUCCCGCUGGCAACGGCCGCAGCAGCUCCUUCAAGGUCAAAUAUGCCGAUUACGGCUACCGCAACGAGGCCGACCCGGGAAAAGAAAACGUCUUCCUCUUCUUCGGCUCAAUGCUAGGCUCCCGGCUCGUCCAUAUCGGCAAGGACGUACUUGCCAAAAAGCACAAGGUCCGCAUUAUUAACCUAGAUCGUCCGGGAGUCGGUGGCACUGAUCCUGUUGCUGAUCCGAAGGCUAGCAUGGGCCUGUGGCGAGCACUCGACUUGCUACUCCACCAUCCCGAAAUCAUCCACCCGGAGAGUCCCUUUCUCGCCAUCGGAGGUCCAUGGAUCCUCCCUAAUCGCACCGGAUCCACACUCCUCUCCAUCGCCAAGGCCCUACCCCGUCCCAUAAUCAGCAACACCGACAAACUCGCGCGGCUCAUUAACAACCAUCUCGGUCCCUUCAUCGGCAAUACCAUAGGUCUGAGUGCUGGCCUAGUGUCGAGUCUAUUACCGCGGAAGAAAGCAAAGCCUCCAGCAGCACCUCGUGAGGAUGAGGCCGCGGAGGUAGGCAGCGCAGAGUUCGAAGCUCAACUUUGGUCCCCCAUCAUCGACCGCAUCUAUGCCGAGGGCGUCGCAGGCAUCUCCUCCGACGCGGUGCUGUUCUUGCAGAAAGGUAUGGACGGGUGGAGUGAUUGGGGCGACUACGAUACCGGCGUCGCGCGGCUGGCGGAGGUGCUCCGGGCUGCGGGGAAGAGGCUGCGCGUCGACGUGUUUUACCCCUCGAGCGAUUUUUUCGUCGGUGGCGAGGGUGAUAAGGGCCCGCGGUGGUUCAACAGGUGCUGGGAAGCUGCUUCCGAUGUGAUACACUUUCAGAGCAGUACCGUAAAGGGCGCGGACCACGAUGGAAUAUGGAUGUUGAAGUUUGGGGUGCCGCAGUCCGUGUUCGAAACGAUUGAGAGCCUCGGCGAGGAGCGCCGAGUCCAAGCUGCAGGAUCUGAGUCUCUUUGA